AUGAAGUUGCACGAGUGGGCAUCAAAUGAUAAAAGCAUGCUGGAGUUCCUGAGAGCUCACAAGAGGUACGAGAAGCCGAAAAUUAUUGUCCUGAAGAUCGUGCAACAGAACGCGUUUCAUGCAGAAAUAGCAGUGGUUCAGAGCCAAAGACCGUCGCCUGCGAAAUCGCCCCUACAAGGGUACAGUCUGUUUUUGGACGGCGAAGGGAUCCUCAGGAUGACUGGCACACUACAAGAAAGCGACCUACCCUUCGCUCAAAAGCAUCGUGUUGUGCUACCAAAGCAGGACCCUUACUCUGAAUCUAUCAUCAGGAACUGCCAUUUGGAUGUGUUACACGGCGGUAUGCGAGAUACCCUAGUACAAGUGCGAGAGAAGUACUGGAUAGUACGUGCUAGGCAAGCUGACAAGAAGAUUAUAAGAAGUUGCGUCGUAUGUCAACGCUACAAUGCGCAGGCUUCAAGACAAACCCCAGCGCCGCUGCCAGCGUCAAGGGUAUCGCAGUCGGAGCCGUUUACAGUUACUGGACUUGACUUCGCAGGAUCACUGAUCGUGAGGACGAUCCGAUCAACGAGGCAGAUAUACUUCGUGAUAUUCGUAUGCGCAACAACGAGGGCGGUACACCUGGAAGUAGUGCAGGAUAUGGCCACGCCAACAUUUUUGCUGGCUUUCCGAAGAUUUGUUGCACGACGUGGAAUACCGAGCAAGGUGUACAGCGACAAUGCGUAUACUUUCCCAAAGAGCAACAAAGAGUUGAAGAAAUUGUGGAAAACUAUAACUGCAGAUGGUGUCGAGGAGAAGAUCACUGACUGGGCAAUUGAUUGGCGAUACAAUGUUCCGUACGCUCCCUGGUGGGGCGGAUUUUAUGAGCGACUCAUCAGAUCCGUCAAGGUGGCAUUGAAAAAGACCAUCGGCGCAAGGUGCCUGAACGAGACAGAGCUCACCACUAUCGUUACCGAGAUAGAAGCUGUCAUAAACUCGCGGCCCCUCACUUUUGUUUAUGACGAUCAAGAGAUCCGCCCACUGUUUCCUGCAGCGUUCCUUACUGGAAAGAGACUAACGAUACUACCAGCUUCUAACACAGGCGACAUGCCGGAAAGCUCAGCCGACACCAUACAACGUUGCUGGAGGCAACGAGCGGAAAGCUUACGUACUGUCUGGGGGAAAUGGUCACGGGAGUACCUUACAGAACUGAGGAAUCUUUGGAGCAAACGUCGUGGUAGAGCAUUACAAGAGGGCGACUUGGUCAUCGUACGCGAAGACUGCAGGCCGAGGCAAAGGUGGACAACAGGAAGGAUUUCGCGAUGCCUGCCAGGAAGGGACCAGAAAUCACGGGCAUUCGAAGUUAAGCUGCCCAACGGGUCAACUAUCGUCCGAUGUGACGAACUUUUGUAUAAACUUGAAGUGUGA